AUGGCGCGCGCGGGGACGCGAUGGCUCCUCGCGCCGCCGCUGCUGCUGCUGCUGUGCUUCGCGAAUGAAGCCGCGGGCGGCGUCGACGAGGGCGCGUCCUCGGACGCCGCGCUCGUCGCCGCGCGCUACGGCGGGACGCACGUCGGCGGGAAGGUGUACGUGCACGACCUUCUCCCCGCGCGCGGGCCCGCGUUCGGGGGCUCCGAGGUGACGAUAUACGGUGAGAACGCACCCCGUCCGUCGUCGCGAAUCGUUCCUCGCCUCGCGCGUCAUCAUUUCAUUCGUCUCUUGUUGAAUUCUCUCCGCGCCGGGUUCACGACGAACAUGGCGUGCCAGUUUGGCCCGCACACGGUCCGCGCGCACGCGGUCUCCCCAAUCGGCGACAGGAUGCUGUGCGUCACGCCGCCGUACGGACGACCGGGAGGCGGAUUCACCGCGGUCGGGCUCACGAUAUCCUCCCUCGACGCACAGCUGUACUCCUCCGCCGACGCCGACGCCGCGCGCGGCCGCGCGGUCGUCUCCCCGCGCGGCGCACAGGGGUUCGAAUAUACGCCGACGUGGAUCACGCGCGCGGCGCGGCCGUCCGAGAGCGACGCGAACGGCGGCGCGGUCUUGACCGUCGUCGGCGCGCAUCUCCAAACCGCGGGCGCGUGCGCGUUCGGCGCCGACGUCGCGGGCGGCGUCCGGCUCGCGGGGCGCGCGGCGACGCACGUGGUGUCGUCCGCGCUGAUACGGUGCGAGGUCCCGAAGCGAGAGGUCGGCGACGGGUCGCUGACGCUCGCGUCGGAGACGCCGGAGGAGGACGCGGCGCGGCGCGCGCGCGGGUGGGGAGCGCCCGCGCUCGCGGCGUCGCCGACGCCGUACGAUCCGGAGGACGAGGUCCCCGGGCUCGCGCUCACCGCCGUGCGCGUGCCGGUCGUCAGCGACGUGACCGUCGGCGACGCGAGCGACGGCGGCGGCGCGGCGACGAUCACGAUGUGGGGCGCCGGGUUCGACGUGGGCGGGUCGUCGCGCGCGGCGGCGACGGGCGCGGCGGCGGCGGCGGCGGCGAGCGAAGACGACGCGGACGCGGAGACGGAGACGAGGGCUCCGCCGAGGAGAAACGCGGGCGGGUGCCGCGUCGGGACGACGUGGGUCGCGGCCGCGACUACUUCCAGGGUGCACGCGUCGUGCGUCAUCCCGUGGAGGGCUCCGAGCGCGGUGCGCGUGCCGGUGGCGUAUCACGACAUGCGCGACCACGCGACGGGCGGCGCGGUCGUCUCGAGCUCGAGCGGCGAGAACGCGUUCACGUUCAACCCGCAGUCCGCGCCGCACGCGCUCGCGCUCGUGCCGUCCGCGGCGCCGACGGACGGUGACACCAUCGUGUACGUGUUCGGCGAGCUCGGGAUGGGCGGGGGAGGCGUCAACGGCGCCGGCGUCGCGUCGCGAUCGUUUCAAUGCGACGGCGGCGGCGGCGGCGGCGGCGACGGCGCGACGUCGUCUUCGUCGUCGAUCGUUCAGCUCGCGGCGUGGACGUUCGCGUGCUACGCGUCCCCGCGCGGCCCAGGCUUCGUCGCCGCGCCGAGGGCGUCGUCCGCUCUCGCGCAGACGCCGAACGCGGCGACGGACGCGGUGUUCGCGUACGCGCGAGCCCCGGUCGUGCGUCGGCUGUCCCCCGCGGAGGGCGGCGGCGUCGGCGGCGAGCCGAUUUGGAUCUCCGGCGCGGAUCUCCACCUCGUCGGCGACACGCGCUCGCCGUCCAGCGUGCUCUGCCUCGUGGACGACCGCGUCGCCGUCCCCGCGCGCGUGGUCUCCUCCGCGCUCGCGUCGUGCGAGCGCCCGAGGAGCGCGUCCACCGGCGGCGGCGGAUCAGGCGGCGAGACGCGGUCGGUUCGAUACGAGCUCGGCUCGCACGCGAUUGGGUUUUCGCGCGGCGGUCGGGCGUUCGACGCGUGGCCUCCGUCGAUGACCGUGACCGGCGUGGAACCGCGCGCGAUCGCGAGCGGCGGCGGGACCGCGGUGACGUUGCGAGGGAAGCACUUCGCGUCCUCCCCGGGCGCGGCGGCGUGCCGGUUCGGCAGCGUCGGCCCGGUGGCGGCGUCGACGUCGGCGGCGGACGCGUUGACGUGCGUCUCUCCGGCGGCGGCGCUUUCGGCGCGCGGCGCGCUUCGCGUGUACGGGCCCGUCGCCGGCGGCGUCGUGGGGGUAGAAGGGCACGGCGUGCACGUGAUAAGAGACGGCGGCGACGUCGUCGUGGGCGGCGUCGGCGUCUUCCCCGCGCGCGCGUCCUCCGCGGGCGCCGCGGGGGAAGAGGCGGACGCCGCCGCGGACGCGGAGGAGGACGCGUCGUCGACCGCGGCGGCGACCGGCGGCGAGGAUAACAACGGCCGAGGGUCCGUCGCGGGCGCGGAGCUGCGGGCGUACGCGACCGGCGCGACGUCUCCACUCGAGUGGCUCGCUGGGAAAGGUAACGUUCGAACGUGGUGCGUUUUCGACGCGUCGCAAUCCGUCGGCGGCGCGUCGGCGGCGCCGGCGUACGCCGCGACCGGCGGCGCCGGCGGCGUCGCGUGCCGCGCCCCGCUCGGUCCUCCCGGGUUCGCCGCGCUGCGAAUCGUCGCCCUCGGUGGCUCGGAGACGACCACGCCGACGCACGUGGAGUUCGCGCAGCACCCGGUCGUGCAACGACUGUACGGUCCGCACCCCGGGGAGCCGUCGCUCGUCGUCGGGUCGCCCGCGGUGAUGGACGUCGUCGGCGGCGGUUUUUUCCACGGCCUCUCGUGCGCGUGGAACGGCGUCGCGCGCGCGCCCGCGAACGUCGUGUCCUCCGCCGCCGCGCGGUGCGAGUGGAGCGGCGUCGGCGUCGGCGUCGGCGUCGGCGCGGAAGUCGUGGUGUUGGGGCUCGCGGCCGGGAACCUCGGCGCGUCCGGCGCGUUCGACGGACCCGUCGCGGCGACGCGGAAAACCCCCGCCGUCGUCGCCGCGAUCGCGCCGUCGACGACGCUCACGCGCGGCGGAACCUCGAUCCUCUUCUCCGGCCACGGGUUCGUCACCGCGACCGAGGGUUGGUGUCACAUCGGCACGAUCGGCCCGAUCGCGGCGACGCGCGUGGGCGUGGACGGGACGCGGUGCGUCGCCCCCGCGCGCGCGGCUGGCUCGACGCGCGUCGCCGUCGCCGGCGCGGUGGCCUCGAGCGACAUCUCGCUGACGUACGUCUCCGGCGGCGGCGACGACGCCAGCGCGGACGGACGACGAAACGUCGUCGACGUCCUCCCCUCGCGAGUCAGCGCGGAGGGCGGCGUCGCGAGCGGCGAGGGCGUCGCCGCGUACGCGGACGACGGCGCGCUCGCGGCGGCGUGCGUCCUCUUCGGCGGCGGCGGCGGCGGCGACGACGACGCCACGACCGCCGCCUCGGACGCCCCCGACGCGGUCUCGACGCCGGGGCGGACGUGGUGCGGCGCGCUGCCGCCCGCGCCCGCGGGGUUCACCGUCCUCGCGCUGACGACGACGUUCGCGCUCGCGAAGGACGCGGCGAGGGCGAAGAAUCGGUGGCCGUCGCGCGCGGACGCCGCCGCGGCGGGCGAGAUCGAGAUCGUCGCGUCGCCGUCCGUCUCGUCGCUGAUGCCUCGAGACGCGAUCGCGGGCGUGGACGAGGUCUUGACCCUGCACGGCGCGAACAUGCGGCGCGGGGACGGAGCGUGGUGCGCGUUCGGCGACGGCGCGGCGACGGCGGCGAGGGCGUUGUCCUCCGCGGUGACGACGUGCGAGCUCCCGCCGCCGCCGGCGUCGCGGUCCGUCGCCGCGGCGUCCGCGCAGCUCGCGCCGGUCCGUCGCCGCGUGGAUCUCACUCCGACGCGACGCGCGGGCGCGUCGACGCCGUGCACGGACGCGGACGUCGGCGCGGGCGCGUCGUGCGUCGCGUUCAAGCACUACCGCUCCCCCGGGGAGGCGUCGUCGGCGGCGCCGGCGUCGAUUCCGAGCGACGGCGGCGUCGACGUCGCGCUUCGCGGCAGGUCCUUCCCGGACGCCCCCAAGCUCGGAUGCAGGUUCGGGUCCGUCGGCCCGAUCGCCGCGGCGUGGGAGAACUCGGAACGGAUCGCGUGCGUCGCGCCGGGGAUGGCGCCGCGCGUCGGCGUCCGCGUCGGCGUCGUCGUCGGCGGCGCCGCGCCGUCGGUGACGGUCAGGUCGCGUCUCGUCGCGGACGCGGCGGUUCCCGGCGUCUCGCGAAGAGACCCUCGCGGCGCGAGCGUGGAGUUGCGGUACCGGUACGCCUCCCCCGCGGGCGUCGGCGUCGCGGAGCGCGACGAGGCGAUGACGUGCCGGAUGGCCGUCUCCGGCGCGGCGUCGAAGGCGGUCGCCGCGACGACGACGACGACGACGACGAGCGGCGACGGCGGCUUUUUCGGCGCGCGUUGCGUCGUCCCUCCCAACCCGACCGGGGACGGCUUCGACGUCGUCGCCAUCGCGUUCGCCGCGGAAGCGACCGGCGUCGUCGUGGACGCCGCGGGCGGCGUGACGUUCGAGUACGUCGAGGACGCGCCCGCGGUGAGCGCGCAGCCGUCGAGCGCGUCCGCGGAGGGCGGCGGCGUCGUCUUCGUCGUCAGCGUUCCCGGCGGCGCGCGGGGGUUCGCGCUCGGCGCUGACCGCGGCGACGGCGCGCGGCGCGCGAGGUGCGUCUUCGGCGGCGCGACGACGGACGCGCGAAUUCACUCGUCCGCGCUCGCGUCGUGCGAGACCCCACACAGAGCGACCGAGGGCGUGGCGCCGUUCGACGUCGUCGUCGGGGAAGCGGUCUCGGGCGGCGACGCCGUCGGGUCGUUCGCGCACGCGCCGCCCGCGAUCGUCGCGGACGUUUUCCCGGCGGCGACGGAUUGGUUGUCCGGCGCCGUGCUGACGCUCACCGGGCGAGGAUUCACCGCGGACGGCGGCCUGGGCUGUCGCGUCGGGACCGUGUACGCGAUCGCGAUGCAGUGGGUCAGCGCGGGCGAGGCGCGGUGCGCGACGCCCGCGCACGCGGGCGCGAGGACGUCUGCGAUAUCCGUCGCGUCGUCCGUCGCGGAGCCGCCGCCGUCGCUCGGUCGGCCGCUCGCGGUGCGAUUCACCGUCAGCGCGGAGCUCAUGGACCCGCGCGGGAGGCCCGGCGGGAGGUCGAUCGAGGUGGCGCGGCGCGCGACGAACGACGCGAACGCCGCCGCGAGGGCGUCGCUUCGAUCGACGUCGCCGCCGGCGACGGCGAGCCGCGCGCCAGCGUCUCUCCUCGGCCGCGAGCUCCCGUCCGACGCUGACGCGCGCCGAUGCUGGUGCGUCUUCGGCGACGCGCUCGCGUCGACGAUCGUUCCCGUGUCGUCCGCGGUGGCGCGGUGCGCGGAGUCGCCGGACGGGGCAUCCGCGAUCGGCGGCCGGGCCGGCGAGGCGACGUCCGUGCGCGUGGGGUGCGGCGGCGGCGGCGGCGGCGACGCGGGGUGGCUGACGCUCGGCGUCUCGCGGCUUCCGCUGACGCUGACCUCUCCGACCGUGCGCGCGGUUCGACCGGGUCGAGUCCCCGCGAUCGGCGGCGUCGCCGCGACGUUCACCGGGUCGGGGUUCUACCCCUCCGACGGCGGAAGCGGCGCCGCCACCGGCGCCGGCGCGGACGGAGACGGCGAGGACGCCGCCGCCGGCGCCGGCGCGUUUUUUUCCUUCGCGUGUCGCUUCGGCGCGAUCGGUCCGGUCGCCGCGCGGCACCUCUCCCCUCGCGAGGUCUCCUGCGCGACCCCCGCGACGAUGGGCGGACGAUGGAUAAACGUCGGCGUCGCCCCCGACGCCGCGGUCGCGGAGACCGCGUGGGGCGGCGACGGCGUCCAGGUGUACGUCGACGACGCGUUGACGCGGUCCGCGCUCGAUCAAUCCUCCGCGGCGAGCGCCGCGAGUUUCCCACCCGGCGGGAGCGCGCGCGGCGGCGUCGCGUUCGAGCUCCUCCACGUCGCGCGAGGGUCGCCCCCCGGCUCGGGCUCCGACGCCGCGGCGCGCGUUCCGCCGCGGUUCGUGUUCGGGGACGCGAGCUCGAGCGCCGUGCUCGGCGCGUGGCGCGGCGACGCCGCCGCCGCCGUCGUCGCCGCGCGGUGCGUCACCCCUCGUCGGUUCGCGAGCGGCGGGUUCGAGGCGGUGCGCGUGUCGAUCGACCUCGGCGGCGCGGUUCGCGCGUUCGCGGCCGCCGCGACGCAGUUCCACGUCCACGCGGACCCGCGCGUUUUGAGCGUGUUCCCGCGCCUGUCGUGGGGCGCGGAGGUCGUGCACGUGUCGGGCGAGCACCUCCGUCCCGGCGGCGGCGCGCCGUCCACCGCGUGCGUCUUCGGCGGCGGCGCGUCGCCGUCGCGCGCGGUGUCGUCCACGCUCAUCACGUGCGAGGUCGCCGCGGGGGUCGAAGGCGGCGGCGCGAAGGCGGCGAGCGCGAAGAAAGUGGCCGCGAGCGCGGGCGCGUCGCGCGAGGAAGACGCUUCCGCGGUCGCCGUCGCGGCGGCGGCGUCGUCGUCGGCGACGGCGGUGCGGCCCGUGGGCGUCUGCCCGCCCGGGUCCGAGUGCGACGACGACGGCGCCGGCGACGACUCGCUGUGGUUUCAGUCCGUCGCGCCCGUGGAGCCGAUCGAGUCCGACGUCGCGCUCGGGUGGACGGACGGCGGGACGUUGACGCGGUUGGCGCUCACGGCGCCGAUUCGCGCGGAGUGGCUCGAGUGUCGAUUCGGAACGACGAUCGUGCCGUCGCGGCCCGCGAGCGCGUGGGAGGAUCCGCUCGCGCAGUUUUACGGCGUCGAGGGCGCGCUCGUGCGGCCGAGUCGGAAGAUGGACAUCGAGUGCGUGUCCCCGGGGCACGCCGCGGGGAAGGUGCCGAUCGAGGUGGCGUUGGGGAGGAGUAAGGUCCCGAGCGCGAGGGGCGCGGUGAGCUUCAAGUACAUCUAGUAGCUCGGCGGACGACGAUGACGGCGAUCGACCAGGGAGGAAGAUUUCGUUCGCGCGCGCGCAGCCGACGACGACGACGGAGCGAGGCGGCGCGGUCGCGAUGAUAGAUAGCGAUACACGAUGGAGUACUAGUCAGACGCUCCAACGCGCGCCCGCGGUCGCUUCCCAUCCCCGGCGGUUCCGCGUCGAACCGUCACAGGUCAGCGACGUGGCGAAAAACGUCGAGAGGAAAAACGUCGACGUGUUCGCUU